GGAGGCGGGGAUCCCGCGGCUGCGGCGACGGCGGCCGCGGUGUAGCCACGGAUCGGGCUCGGCUCGGCGUGACGGCUGCCGCGGCGGCGGCGGAGGCGACCGCGACCAGGUCGGCAUCCCAAGCCCAGCAUGGUGACAGCCUGUGCCCUCGGCCCCCUCGCCUGGCGCAGCUGGAAGAGCCGCCAGCCUCGGGAGCCAAUGGCCCCCUACGUGAGGGAGUGAGCGGCCUGGCGCAGCCCUACGGAUUGAGGGGGGACGCAGCGGCUGAGUGACCUGAGAUCACGCUGCCGACCCCCUCCCACCAGUUGACGAAUGGUGGACGGAGCAACGAGUGACCCUUGUCAGGGUCGUAGAAUAAUGGUGGGAAGCAAGGCGUGAGCAUCCCUGGUGGUCACCUGUAACUUCUUGGUGGGAGUAGAGGUCUGAGUCCCCAAGCACAUCCAGUGGACCCUCCCAGCGCCCGCCCUCCCCACUGGCUGAUGGGGCCACUGGGGCCCCGAGCAGCCACCUGACCAUCCAGACCCCACCCUGCCCAGCCAUGGCUGGUGCCGAGGGCUUCCAGUACCGCGCGCUGUACCCAUUUCACCGGGAGCGGCCGGAGGACCUGGAGCUGCUGCCGGGUGAUGUGCUGGUGGUGAGCAGGGCAGCCCUGCAGGCGCUAGGUGUGGCUGAGGGCAGCGAGCGCUGCCCACAGAGCGUGGGCUGGAUGCCUGGCCUCAACGAGCGUACACGCCAGCGCGGUGACUUCCCUGGCACCUACGUGGAGUUCCUGGGGCCCGUGGCCCUGGCCCGGCCUGGCCCUCGCCCACGCGGCCCCCGCCCACUGCCUGCCAGGCCCCGAGAUGGGCCCCCUGAGCCAGGCCUUACACUCCCUGACCUACCCGAGCAGUUCUCCCCACCUGAUGUGGCUCCCCCUAUCCUGGUGAAGCUCGUGGAGGCCAUUGAGCGGACAGGGCUAGACAGCUACAGGCCUGAGCCACCCGCCGCCCGCACAGACUGGUCCCUGAGCGAUGUGGAGCAGUGGGAUGCUGCAGCCCUGUCAGAUGGCGUGAAGGGCUUCCUGCUGGCGCUACCCGCUCCCCUCGUGACACCCGAGGCCGCGGCCGAAGCACACCGGGCCCUCCGGGAGGCCGCAGGGCCCGUGGGGCCGGCGCUGGAGCCCCCGACACUGCCGCUGCACCGUGCGCUCACGCUGCGCUUCCUGCUCCAGCACCUGGGCCGGGUGGCCCGACGCGCCCCCGCCCCGGGCCCCGCGGUGCGAGCUCUGAGUGCCACCUUCGGGCCGCUGCUGCUGCGCGCGCCGCCACCGCCCUCACCGCCACCAGGGGGCGCGCCCGACGGGACUGAGCCCAUACCUGACUUCCCUGUACUGCUGAUGGAGAAGUUACUUCAGGAACAUCUGGAGGAGCAAGAGGUUGCACCCCCAGCACUGCCACCUAAACCCCCUAAGGCAAAGCCAGCGCCAACAGCCAAUGGGGGGAGCCCACCCUCCCUGCAGGAUGCUGAGUGGUACUGGGGUGACAUCUCCAGAGAGGAGGUAAACGAGAAGCUACGGGACACACCUGAUGGAACCUUUCUGGUCCGAGAUGCAUCUAGCAAGAUCCAGGGGGAGUACACGCUGACCCUCAGGAAAGGCGGGAACAACAAGCUGAUCAAGGUCUUCCACCGAGAUGGGCACUACGGCUUCUCGGAGCCUCUCACCUUCUGCUCUGUCGUGGACCUCAUCACCCACUACCGCCAUGAGUCCCUGGCCCAGUACAACGCCAAACUGGACACUCGGCUCCUCUACCCAGUGUCCAAGUACCAGCAGGACCAGAUCGUCAAAGAGGACAGUGUGGAAGCAGUGGGCGCCCAGCUCAAAGUCUACCACCAGCAGUACCAGGACAAGAGCCGCGAGUAUGACCAGCUCUAUGAGGAGUACACACGCACCUCCCAGGAACUCCAAAUGAAGCGCACAGCCAUUGAGGCCUUCAAUGAGACCAUCAAGAUCUUUGAAGAGCAGGGCCAGACUCAAGAGAAGUGCAGCAAAGAAUAUCUGGAGCGCUUCCGGCGUGAGGGCAAUGAGAAAGAGAUGCAGAGGAUCCUGCUUAACUCAGAGAGGCUCAAGUCUCGCAUUGCCGAGAUCCAUGAGAGCCGCACAAAGCUGGAGCAGGAGCUGCGGGCACAGGCCUCUGACAACCGAGAGAUUGACAAGCGCAUGAAUAGCCUCAAGCCAGACCUCAUGCAGCUGCGCAAGAUCCGAGACCAGUAUCUUGUGUGGCUCACUCAGAAAGGUGCCCGGCAGAAGAAAAUCAACGAGUGGUUGGGGAUAAAAAACGAGACCGAGGACCAGUACUCGCUGAUGGAGGAUGAGGAUGACCUUCCCCACCAUGAGGAACGCACAUGGUAUGUAGGCAAGAUCAACCGCACACAAGCUGAAGAAAUGCUGAGUGGCAAGCGGGAUGGCACCUUCCUCAUCCGUGAGAGCAGCCAGCGGGGCUGCUAUGCCUGCUCUGUGGUGGUGGACGGCGACACCAAGCACUGCGUCAUCUACCGCACGGCCACAGGCUUCGGCUUCGCGGAGCCCUACAACUUGUACGGGUCCCUGAAGGAGCUGGUGCUGCACUAUCAGCACGCCUCGCUGGUGCAGCACAACGAUGCGCUCACCGUCACCCUCGCCCACCCAGUGCGCGCCCCGGGCCCUGGGCCCCCACCUGCUGCCCGCUGAGCGCUGAGCAGGAGAACCGGCUCCGGAUCAGAGCCACCCCCAGCGCCAGAGGCUAGGGUGGCAGCUGCAUCCGGGAUCUCUAUCUUUCUGAAUCUGUCUCUUCUUUCUUAGGUUUUCUCUGUCUGUCUCUUUGUGAAUCUCUCCCAGUGAAUCUCCAUUUGCAGGUUCUAUCAGUCUUUCCUCCAAGUCUGCCUGUCUCUCUGUCUCCCUCUGUCACUCUUCUGUCUCUUUCUAGUUCCAUCUGUCCUCUCUUUAUCUCUUGGUCUCUGUUCCUCUGUGUAUCUGUGUUGGGGGUCCCGCCUCCCCCCAUGCCCUAUCACCCUUCCCCACGGGCACCACUCUCCCUACGGCUCUGGCCACCCAUGACGACCCUGUGUCCUGCCCCACCCCUGCAGGCCCCCGGGGUCCCCACAAGCCCCACCUGGCUGCACCUGCCAUGUUUACAGAGGCCCCCUGGGCUGCGCAGCCCCAGCCUGGGUGCCCCGAUUUUUUAAGCCAUAGACCUGGGGUCGGGGCAGGAAGGAACUUCGCUCGGCCACUUCCAAGAACCUCAGCCGUGACAUUUGGGGCCAGGCGGGACCUGCCCCACAGACCCCAACUUCCCCUUCCAACCCUGAAGUGAAACCUAGCACUGGGUUAUCCCCACGAUGGGGCUGCUGCCAAGAAGUAACCCCCCUGAAAAAAUAAUUAAAAAUAAACUCCUGAGCCGACCCCAGGCCUCCAAGGAAUCAAGGCAGCCAGCACCUCUGGGGCGGCUGACACGCAAGGCUGCCUGCAGCACCUCCACUCGAUGCAGACUCGAGGCUUCUCGAUCAUGUUGGGUUCUGAUUUUAUUUUUCCUCAACUAUAUGUAAAACCCUCUCUUCUCUCCUCUUUUGGGAUGAGAGCCCUGGUUUUCUAUACCACCCAUGGACCCCCACCCCCCUUUCUGCCUGCCUGGCCAGGCUGGCAGGUGGGUUUUGUAUGGUACGUUGAUACUGAUAUGGAUAUAAAACAUUGAACUCGA